AUGUCCGACCAUCGCGAGGUGGCUCGGCGGGUUGAACGGUCGAUUGAGAGGAAUCACGGCUUCGUAUUGGUCGACACCCUGAAGUAUCUGGCGAUGGGCGGACGCAUCGGCAAGGCCCAGGCCCUCCUGGGCGGGGUGCUCCAAUUCAAACCCAUCGUCGGCAUCCGCGACGGCGAGACCCACCCUGUGGACCGGCCCCGCACCCGCAGGCGGGCGCAGAGACGGAUUAUCGAGCUGGUGCGCGAGCUGGCUCCCAUUCACCAGUUGCACGUGAGCUACAGCACCGGCCCCGAUAACGCCCUGGCCGUUCGCGACGAGCUUGCCGACCUCGUGGAGCCGGAACGCCUCAUCGAGUCCCCGUUCGGUCCGGUCUUGGGCACUCACCUCGGUCCCAAUACCAUCGGCGUGGCGGCAACCCAGGGAAGCGUCGAGGACGACUAG